AGUGGACUUUAAGUCAUUGUGUCUCAUAGUCUUUUAUAAAUGAUAAUUCUGUUUGUGCAAUUUUGCCUGCUGGUCGGUGCUUGAAUCCGUCCAAAUUUAUUCGUAAGAGCUCAUAAUGGUGCCGUUUCACCUAGAAGGGGAAACUUUGGGUCAAAAACAUCGACACUUAAACAAUUUGGUUAAGGCAGCGAUUGAUGAUGAAACCUGGAACUUAGAUCCAUUAAAUUACACCGAUCCCGAUCCUUGCAACCUUCUUAGGAUUGAUGUCGCCUGCGGCAGAAGAGACGUGCCAUAUAUUCUAGAAGUAAUGAAAAGUGACGACUUACUUUAUGUGACUCGAGCUAUUAAACGCAGCACAUGGCUCAUCACCGACGUUCAAUACGCUCACAUUAUCAAUCCAGCAUACCUCGAACAGACGCUGUUCCCUUCCAUGACAGCUAAAGCGAAAUCUAAACUACUGUUCUCAAUAAAACAAAACUUGAAGGAUGAGAACCGAGUUGCGGAAUUCUUUAACUUUUACAAAGAUAACCCCGAGAUUUCUAUGAAAUGGUUGCGGUACUGCCCAAUUGCUUUAAUAGAAGAAAAUAUACAAAAUUCUCACGAACUUUUUAGUAUCGAAUUAAUUAUAUGUUUGUGUAGGAAAUCGUUAAAAAUUCUCAAAAUUUAUUGCAAAGAAUGCAACAGAUAUCAUAAACGAGAGGUAUUGAGUAAAACAAAAAAAUAUUUGAAAAGUGACUGCGAUGAAUACUUGGAUAUAAUAGACUCUGUUCAUCAAUAUUAUAAGCCCAAGUUUAAUAAGAAUGCUACACAAAUGGUAAUGGAUAAAUGUCGUGAAAGAAUCAUUGACAAAUUUGAUAAGUAUUGCCAAGUUCUUCACAUACCAACAUUUGCAAAAAACUUAAAAUCCGAAGAUAUAAAAACAUUUUUAGUGAACCAAAAACAGAAUGUAGACUUAAAAUACUGGUUCAAAUUCGAAAAUGUAAGAUAUUUUUUAACACGUAUUCCUAAACACACGAGAAUUGAGUUUGUCAAAUCUCUGUUUAUGAAUAAAGUUAAUACAGAAAGCGAGAAGUUUAAAGGUGGUCCUGAUACUGGGGAAGUUAAGACGUGCGUAACUACAAAAAGGUCACUGAUACGCAAAAAAAGUGCACCAGCUGCCAAAAGGGCACCAGCUGCCAAAAGAGCACCAGCUUCCACUAACGCACAUAUUUAUCAAUGGUAUCAGUAUGCUCCUUUUCAUACAGCAAUGAUAGAAUUAAAAAAACUCAUACGUGCUGAACCACUACCAGCUGAAAGGAACGCUAUUUUUACUGUACUAAUAAAAUGUGCUAGAUCAAAGAAAGAACACCUUAAAACAUUGCUUGAAUAUUAUAGAAAUAAUCAUAUAAAUGAACCUUUCAAAUUCAAAGUUCAAUUUGUUAAUUCAUUUUUAUCGCAUACUAAAUCUCACGAGUUUGAUGUCGAAACCUGGGAUAUACUAAAUAAUAUAUUCUCAAGUAUGGAAAUUUACAUGGAAUCUGAAAACGAUGCUCCAUUUUGUAUUGAAGCAAUAAUUGUUUAUAAAAUUCUUCAUAACCUAGAUAUUCCAGAUGUUAUAAUAAAGAAAUUUACAUUUAACACUCUUCGAAAAUAUCUUAAAAAAUUAAAUGAAAAUGAGCAGAGCAAAAUAUUCAAUUAUCUUUAUAAUUAUCUCGUGGAAACACUGGUAAAUCAGAAAAUCACUAAUGAAUAUGAAAUGGCACAAUAUAUAGAUGCAAUUAAAAACAUGUUAGAAUUAUUAUCAGAUUGGAAAAAAAACCUCGCGGACUACCCUUUCCUUGUAAAUAAAAUCAAAGAAUCUAUUAAAAUAAAACAACAAAAUUCGUGGGAGAUUGAUUCAACGGAUUUUUAUCAUUUGCUGAAGCGUUGGCGAAAACACGUGUUUGAAGAAUCUCUUAUACUCCAUCCAAGUGACGAAGCGUGCUUAAAUGCCUUAAAACAUGAUCCAGGUCUACUUUCACGCUAUCAAAAUGAAAUAGACAUUAUGUAUUCAAGGGAUGCUAUUUCUAUGGAGCGAACUUUAAGAAAGAUGAGAAUUUACUGGUCCGAAUCAAUUGGUAAGCAAUGGACUAAUUAUUACCUGGAACGAAUAGAACAACCUAAAGGAAAAAUGGCUGUUAAAUAUGUUUGUAUUCUUAUGCCACGCCAUCAAAUUCUUCCUCUGAUCGAAAAAAAUGCUCCUUUUGAAACUAAAAUUAAUUGGAAUAAUGCCAGCGAUUUAGGAUUGAUCUUGAAGAAUUAUAUCGCCAGAAACAUGUACUUGGUUCGUCCAUCUGUUUCUAUAGAUACAGUGUUAUUGUAUGCAAAAGGGGAUUAUUUAUAUCACUCCCUGCCUUCUCUCAAUGCCAUUUUGUAUAAUGUAAGCUCUAAUUCGACUUUAAAAUAUAUCACAAAAUUGCUAAAUACACCCGUGUCUUUACAAAAACACGGCAUUAGUACCAUGUUUCUUAAAUUGAAAUAUAGUGAAAUUAAGGAUAUUAUUAUUAACAUAUGGAAGAACACUAAGAAUGCCUCAAUUAAAACAAUUUUAUUCCAACGAACUUUCGAGCUCCUUUGCAAAGAAAAAAAUGAAGCCACUAUCAAAGAUAUUUGGCAGCUGCUGAAUAUAUAUAUUGAAAGUCUGUCACGUGAAGAAAACAGGAUCAUAUAUGAUACAUUUACGAAAUUUUCAGAUGUUCCUAUUACAGUGAGACCAUUAUUUUUCACAAAAGGUUACUUAUAUUUGAAAUCGCUUCCAGCAAAGGCAAAUUGUGAUAAAAUUAUCAACAGAUUAUUUGCUGACGUCAAUCAAUUAAUUGACCUCUUAGAACCCAGCUUCGUUGAAGAUGUUUUUCUGGCAUCUUUUGAAGAGAAAUUCUUUACCACACAGAAUUCAGAUAUUUGUGAUUAUUUUCAAAUAUUAGCUACAUAUAUUCUUUCUUGUAAAUCUGAAGAUGUACAAAUAACGAGAUAUGAAAAAUUGUUGUUACCUAUUUUGCAGAAAGCUGUUUCAUCUUGGAAAAUUAAUCACAAAGGUAAAUAUUACGUAAGAGUAAGAAGCAAACAAUUACUAGAUACCAUAACCAAUUCCUUAACAGAAAUGGCUAUGAAAAAUAAUAUUGCUCCCGUUAAAUUGUAUAAAGCAAUACAAUUAGUGCUUAAAAAUUCAUUAGUAACCGAUGAAAACUAUGAAAUAUUGCUGAAGUGGAAUACAGCUACAUUGUUUAUAGAAAAACUUGAUUUAUAUGUAAAAGAAAAUGCAGAGAUAUAUUCACAAAAAGGAAAUAAAGAUGAAAUGACCCGGGAGGCGUGGGACAAAAUUUGUCUGGAUAUCGCUCCAUCGUUUGGUGAUGCAUGUAAAAAUCAUUUGCAAAAAGACACUUUCUUCAAUCAAUAUCCAGCCUUAAAUAAUGUUGUCCAAGCAGAGCUAAUGACUUUAUGCUUAAAUUUGGGUUUCAAUGAGAAAAGCAAAUUAAUGUUUCUGAAAUCUUUGUUGAAUGACAAAAAUCUGACCACUCUUUAUUGUGUUGUGAUUGAAGCUAUUCGGUACAUGGGUUACACUUCAGAAGACAAGUCCAUUAAAAAAGAAAUAGUAAAGAUAUUACAAUCAAACAAGUCAACCGAAGUUAAAAUUCAUAUGUGUUAUUAUGAUGAGCAACUCAGGGUCGGUGACGAUGGAGACAAUGAAGGCUAA